AUGUGUGUGGCGCGGCUGUCUUGUGUUUUUGUAGGGAAGCUGCUGCAGCAGCAGCCCAAGCCGCAGCAAGUGCUGCCCCACGGGGCAGCAGCAGCUCAGCCGCUGAGGGGCCCCCACAGCCCCACUUGGGAGCUGCAGCUGCAGGCGAGAAGCAGCAGCAGUCGCACUGUGGGUUGCUGCCGCUGCUUGCGCUGCAGCAGGAGCGGCAGCAGAGGCGGCCGCCUCGGUGGCAGCAGCAGCACGCACCAAUCCUGCAGCAGCAGCAGCACAAAAGGUAGGAGUCGAGGCAGCGAAAACUGCAGCAGCAAAUGCUGCUGCAGCGACGCAGAGGAAGAGUUGUUCUUUUUUGCCUCGGCAGCUGCAGCUGCCCGUCUGUGCCUAAUGCCGGGCAAAGUGGCUUGCGUUGCGGGGGUGCAGCUACAGCGCGUGCGCAGCAAGAAGCAGCAGCAACAGCAGCAGCAGCAGCAGCAGCCGCUGCGGCUUGUCGCUGGCCCCACGGCGUUCAUCGCUCAGUGGCAUGUGGGGGAGCUCAAGGCAGCACUAGAGGCCUCGCAGCAGCAGCAGGGGCCCUCGACUCUCUGUGCUGAAGGGGCGGUGCAGCAGGAGGAGGAAGUGCAGCAACAGCAGGAGCCGGUGCAGCAGCAGACGAGCAAGGAGUCUUUGCUGCUGGGCGCAGCAACAGUGGGGGAAGAGCAGCAAAACCCUUUGCUGCUGCUGCUGCUGCAGCUCGUUGGCGCCCUGGGGCCAUCAGCGCUCUGCGACGGCCGUCUGCCGUGGCUGCUGCCGCUGCUUCCCAUUCGCGGUGAGGCAGCUGCGCCUGCUGCUGCAGCUGUGCUGCUGGCAGCCAGCAGCAGCAGCAGCAGCACGGAGCCACCGCAAACGCUUCGCAACUGCCUAGGGGGCCCCGACGCCUCUGGGACUUCUUUGCUGCUCUUUCUGGGGUGCCAGCAGCAGAAAGGGGCCCCCUUUGAAAGCUUAAUGGCAAAACCUGUUUGCUUCCAGGGGCCCGUCACGAGCUGCCGAGGCAGCUGCAGCUUCGGGCUGCUGGGGGGUUUGCUGCAGUGGCAAGCAUUUCCCUGGUGCCUCAGCAGCAGCGCCGAGAGCAGGGGCGUUGUGGGCGGCUGCGGCGCCUUGCUGCUGCUGCUGCAACAGCACUUGGGCUGGAGGGACUUGGGCGCCAGCGGCCGAGACAUUCUAUGCAGAGCAGCACGAUGGGCAGCAGCAGCAGCAGCAGCAGGAAGUGAAAAAUCUUGUGUGGGGUGGGGGGCCCCUGCAGCGGCGGGUGGGGCCCCACAGGGAGAUAGAGACACCUUGCAUGCAGCCUGGGGGGCCCCGAGGGCCCUCCCCGUGGCCCUCAUAUCCAGCAGCAGCAGCAGCGUGCUGCUGCUGGGGCCCCCUGCCCUGAGGGGCCCUGGGGCAGGGCCUCUGG